AUGGCAAGCUCCACACCUAUACUUCAGCAAGCGGCUGUGGUAUCAAACCCGGGAGAGAGUUAUACAAUCUCGCUUCAAAAUGAUGUACCGGUCGCAACCCCAGGGACCAACGAGAUUCUCGUCAAAUUAAGUUGCACAGGGUUAUGUCGCUCUGAGCUUCGGGCCGCUCUAGCAUGGGGAGCAUACAACUCCAUCAUCGGCCACGAAGGAGUCGGCGUGGUGGUAAAAGCCGGAGCCGAAGCAUCCCAGUCUCUCCUGGGAAAGCGUGUUGGUGUCAAGUGGCUAUAUAGCGCUUGCAAUGAUUGUUCGGUGUGUAAGCGCGGCUAUCCACAUAACUGCGCACAGCAACUCAAUACAAGCCGUCAUGUUCCUGGAACUUUGCAACAAUACGUCAUCGCUGAUGCGAGGUUCGUGACUAUGAUUCCGGACGACGUGAGCGAUGAGAUUGCGGCGCCACUGCUGUGCGCUGGAUUAACGAUGGUCGGAGCACUGUCUAAGCUUGAUAAUGAGCUUCAUGCUGGUGACUUUGUUGUGAUCUCUGGGUCUGGCGGUGGCCUUGGUCAUAUUGGUGUUCAACUCGCUUCGAGGAUGAAGUAUCUUCGCGUCAUUGCAGUUGAUAGUGGAGAGGAUAAGAAGGCACUCAGUAUUGAGUCUGGUGCUGAAUUCUUCAUCGAUUAUAAGACUGAGGAUGCUGUGACUCGAGUGCGCGAUAUCACUGGAGAGGGCGCACAUGCAACAAUCGUUGUUCCGGGGACUGAAGAGGCUCUGGAAAUGGCACCUAAAUUGGUGAGGAAUAUGGGAUUCGUGGUUAAUGUUGGACUUCCAAGGAAUGACUUGAAUAUCCCACUUUCUGCCACAAUCUGCACGGCCCGAGGGCUCACUUUCAUUGGAUCUUCUGUGGGCACUGAAAAUCAGAUGAGUGAUCUUCUCGGCGCAGCUGCCUCUGGCAAAAUCACACCAUCUAUCGAAGUCUUCGAGUUCCCGUCAGUCCCAGAUUUGGUGGCUCGGUUGAAGGAUGAUGGCAUCACUGGCAGAGCUGUCGUCAAGCUACCUCAAUAG